AUGGCUUCUACCAAAUUUUCACCUGUGAAAGACUUCUACCAAGAGCCUACUUCUCAUCAAAUUCCUUCGCAAUCGCACUUCGUUGGUGUCAGGGGAUUUAUUGUACUCCAAUCUUUCCUCUGGAGUUUUUUGAAUGUCAUCGCUCCCACAACUGUUACCGGUACGCCCAAUUCUGAUAGCCCUGUAUAUCAAGAGAUUCUCCGGAAAGUAUUUUCCGUACUCUUCUGGAAUGAGUCUCUAAUCUACAGCGCAUUCAUUCUGCUAAGUGCCCGCACAAUUUGCACACCCUUUCUAAACAACCCCUCGCACGAUUUCGUCGCAUCAUCAUCUUUCCGUCGAGGUCUCCGACUAUGGUUUCCCUCCGCAGUUUCCCUCGCAAUCGUAUACAUCAUUUUCACCUGCAUCGGAACAUCCUACAUCGAUGAUUUCAAAACCACUACAAACAAUACCACCAUUAAGACACCUUACAUGCUUCCAAAUGCCCUUGCAUACUUCAAUGCUGUCUUCACUCUCUUCUGGACGAACAAGAAAUUCGACGCCCAAGCCGCAAGCUAUGCGUUUCCUUCGCAAACACUCUGGGUUGUAUCUGUUCUUUUCCAACAAAGCUAUACCGUUUACAUGACAAUGGUUAUCAUCCCAUAUGUGCGCAAAUCAUGGAGAGUGAAAGCUUUUAUCGGGUUUAUCAUCACGGCGUGGUGGGUUGAUAGCUGGGCUUGGUAUUCUAUUACUGGUCUUCUAUUAGCUGAUAUUAGCAUCAAUAUGGAUUUCCAAACGCGUGCGCGUGCUGGGAUAUCUUUGGGAACUUGGAGAGGCAGAAAGUUGAGGCUGCCUGUUUGGCCAUUGUACAGUAUUGUUACCUUGGCUGGUGUGAUCAUGAUGUAUUUGUGGGCGGCAUGGAGACCCCAGGACGUGUACAAGGAGGUUAGGAUUCAUACCGGAGAAUAUUCAACUGGUUGGUUCCUCGUUCAAAACAUCAUUGUCUAUACGGUUGGCAUUAAGCUCUUUACGCAUCUCACAGAAACAAGAAAUGCAUCCUUCGAGGCAGCAGCCACAGGUUGCUUCUUCGCAUUUGCUAGAAUUACAUUUGACUGGAUUAGAAAAUAG